AAUGUUGUGAGAGGGAUAGAGAGCCAUAGGCCAACAUCCGACAUUUGACAAGUAAGAUUACUGUAACACCCCCAUAGAGUUACCAUUAUCAUUCCCAGAAAGCCACCAUUACAGACAAACAGUCUCUCUAUCUCUUGUGCAUGAAGAGAAAAUGGAGAGAGGAGACCAAAAUCUGCCCCUAAAGUCGCCUCUGAUUCAAUUAUCUGAUGAAGAUGGAACUGGGUGCAACAGAAAGGGAGGCAAUGAUAGGGGUAUAGAGAGAGGGUUGAUUGUUGCGGAACUGAAGAAGCAGGUGUGGCUAGCAGGGCCAUUGAUAUGUGUGAGUUUGUUGCAGUAUUUAGUGCAAGUCAUAUCAAUCAUGUUUGUGGGUCAUCUUGGUGAGCUGAGUCUUUCUGGUGCUUCCAUGGCAACUUCUUUUGGGAGCGUCACUGGUAUUAGCUUGAUGAUGGGACUGGCGAGCGCGUUGGAUACCUUCUGCGGACAGUCAUAUGGAGCAAAACAGUAUCACAUGAUGGGCAUCCACUUGCAGAGGGCAAUGUUUGUUCUUUUGCUCGUCAGUUUACCCCUUUCUAUCAUCUGGGCAUAUACAGAACCAAUUCUGAAUGUCCUAGGCCAAGAUCCAGACAUAUCAAGGGAAGCCGGGGCAUACGCGCAAUUCAUGAUACCUGGCCUAUUUGCUGUUGCUCUUAUCCAGUGCAUUUCCAGAUUCUUACAAAUGCAAAACAUUGUGUAUCCAGUCAUGCUAGCUUCUGUUAUUACAACGUUAAUUCACAUCGUUGAGUGUUGGAUUUUGGUGUUCAAGACUGAUCUAGGAACUAGAGGAGCUGCUUUGGCAAAUUCCAUUUCCUACUGGAUCAAUGUGUUGUUACUGGCUCUUUAUGUCAAGUUCUCCCCUUCAUGUUCGAAAACUUGGAAAGGAUUUUCAAUGGAGGCUCUGCAUAAUAUCCCCAGUUUUCUUAGACUUGCUAUUCCUUCUGCAAUUAUGGUCUGCUUGGAAAUGUGGUCCUUUGAAUUGAUAGUUCUCCUCUCUGGUCUUCUUCCCAACCCAAAGUUGCAGACUUCAGCGCUUUCCGUGUGCCUCAAUACAGCCUCAUUAAUUUGGAUGAUCCCAUUUGGCCUUAGUAGUGCUGUGAGCACUCGGGUGUCGAAUGAGUUAGGAGCGGGGCGUCCUCAAGCUGCGCGUUUAGCAGUUUAUGCCGUCCUAUUCAUGGCCAUUUGUGAGGGGAUUUUGGUAGGAUCAGUCUUGAUAUUGAUACGCAACGUUUGGGGCUAUGUAUACAGCAGCGAAAUUGAAGUGGUUGAAUACUUAGCAAGAAUGAUUCCAAUUCUUGCGCUAUCUAACUUCUUAGACGGUAUCCAAUGCGUCCUAUCAGGGACUGCAAGAGGAUGCGGAUGGCAAAAGAUCGGUGCAUAUGUCAAUCUUGGAUCUUAUUAUUUAGUGGGAAUCCCUUCAGCAGUCCUGUUGGGGUUUGUUUUCCAUGUUGGUGGAAAGGGUCUUUGGUUUGGGAUCAUAUGCGCUCUGGUUGUGCAAGUUCUGUCUCUUUUUAUUAUUACCAUUCGCACCAACUGGGAUGAACAAGCAAAGAAGGCGACGGAUAGAGUGUACGACCAUAUUCCUGUAGUUAUGGUGUCAUGAAGCCAGACUUGAUCUAACAUCGUCAUUUUCAGUGGGUAAUGAGGAUUUUCAUCAGAAAUCAAGUGUAGUUUCAUUUUCAAUUCUUCAAGAGGUCAUGAGUUCUAGUGGGGAGGCGGGAUAUUAUGCUGAAAUAAAUCUGUGAGGGCCAGUUGGAUAGUAACCAAAUCGGACAAUUCCAUGUGUGGUGUGGUCCAGACACUAGAAAAAUUCCCCAUUACUUGCUUAAUGUUGAAACUUAGAUUAUUGUAGUUCCCUUACAUUGUAUGUGCAGCAAGCCAGCACAUUUUCAUAUUUGGCCAACAAAUUAUGGCUAAUCUGUUUUGCUUGUCAAAAAAAAAUCUUUAUAAAAAUCUCACAUCGAAUUGGUAUAAUCCAAUCGAGUGGUUUGUUUGGUA